GAAAAAAUGUCAAUAAGUUAACAGGAUAAUACAUGGAUUAUGGAUAUGGUGACAUCCAAUGAAACUCACUCCCGCUUUCCAGUUUCCACAGAAAUCAUUCUUUGCUCUUUCUCCUUCCCAAUUUUGUUGUCACCAUUUUUCACUUUCUCUCUCCUCAACACUACCCAGAAAAUGGUGUCACUCUCCUUCCUUUCAUCACUCUCCUCUCUCGCACCACUUUCUCUCUCUUCUCCCGCCAUUACCACUACAACUACGAGAUAUUCUCCUCUUCAUGGUACAAUUCGCUGUAGUAGUAAUAAAUUGGAAGUUGAUGAAGAUCGAUUUCGGCGAAGAGACGUUCUUAAUUGCCUCGCAUUGUCAGCUGGAAUUGAAGUAAUAGCAAGUUCAGGAACCUUUUCUGGAGAUGCGUAUGCUGCUGACUUAAUUCAGAGAAGGCAGCGCUCUGAGUUUCAAUCUGAUAUUAAAGGAAUACUGUAUACAGUUAUAAAGAAAAAUCCAGACCUCAUUCCGUCCAUACUAACUCUAGCUCUAAAUGAUGUGAUGACUUAUGACAAGGCCACAAAAUCUGGAGGCCCAAAUGGUUCAAUUCGAUUCAGCUCAGAGAUAAGCAGACCUGAAAACCAAGGGCUUUCUGCUGCGUUAAGUCUAUUGGAGGACACAAAAAAAGAAAUUGAUUCAAACUCCAAGGGUGGACCGAUUGCUUUUGCUGACCUAAUCCAAUGUGCAGCACAAUCAGCUUUAAAGAAUACUUUCCUAGCAUCUGCUAUCCGUAAAUGUGGUGGGAAUGAAGAGAAGGGAUCUUUGUUGUAUACUGCAUAUGGUUCUAAUGGACAGUGGGGCCUGUUUGAUAGGGAUUUUGGGAGGACGGAUGCUCAAGAACCAGACCCAGAAGGUAGAGUUCCCCAAUGGGACAAAGCAAGUGUCCAGGAAAUGAAAGAUAAAUUCAAAUCUGUUGGAUUUGGCCCCCGCCAGCUGGCUGUUAUGUCCGGAUUUCUUGGUCCUGAUCAAAAGGCAACCGAGGACUUAUUGGCUACAGAUCCUGAAGUUGCUCCAUGGGUUCAAAAAUACCAGCGCAGUCGAGACACAGUUUCUGAGACUGACUAUCAGGUUGACCUGAUAACCACUCUUACGAAGUUGAGCCUCCUGGGACAAAAAAUUAAUUAUGAAGCAUAUACAUAUCCUGUGAAAAAGAUCGAGUUGAGCAAACUGAAGUUAUAACAACAAUGCACCAUGAAGAAGAGCAACCACGAGAUGCUUAAUUGAUUGAUCUCAGUGUCUACUCACUAAGGGGGGAGAGAGGAAGUCCAAAAUGAAGGAAUCACCAAACAAACUUUCUGUAAGUUCUUGUUGAAAGAUCCCUAGCAUUACGGUGGACAUAACAUAUAUAUGUGCUUAACAUUGCAAACUUGCAAAUAAUAUUGUUUCUUCCCCAUUUUCUUGAA